AUGGUGCAAUUAAUAAAAUAUUUUUCACAUUUACAAAAUUAUGUAUUUGGAACUCAUUCAUUAGGUAAUUCUUCAUGUCCAUCUUCACCUGUUAAAUGGUGUUUUGAUGAAUAUAAAUUUUGUAUUCAAAAUCCUACACUUAUUCCAACAUGUAUUUUGGCUUUACUAAUUGGUCUUUAUUGUUCUAAAAAAAUUUCUAAAUUACCUGGAAAAUUUUCAACACGAUGGCUUUAUCAAUUAAUAUUUUUUCUAUAUGGUAUGAUGAUGACAUCAGCUGGUAUAUUACAUUGUUUUUUGAGUGAUCCACAAAAAUUAUCACAUAUUCUUCGAAAUAACGAUAUCGAUUCAAGUCUAUUUAUACAAUUACUUUUUGCAAUUAUUGAUGCUGGUUUAACAACAAAUAUUGCUGUUACUUUUCUCUUUUGUGGUUUAUGUGAUAUUAAGUUUUUAAAUCCAAAAUCAAAUUGUACAUGUUUUCUACUCAUUAGUUCAUAUUUUAUUGUUUUUAUUUUAUGGACAUUAGGAAUAUUAAAUCAAUGGUCGUGGACAUUUCUUGUUCUUUAUUUGGGAGUUAUAUCAGUUUGUUGUUUUAUUUAUUUACUUACACAAUUAUGUAUUAAACCAAAUUGUCAUGCUUUAUCUGCUCUGAUUUGUGGUGGAAUCUAUGGAGCUAUUGGUUUAUAUGCAGCAACAUAUGGCGCUGAGUAUAUUUGUAAAUCAGAGGGUCCAUUUUGGUCACAAUAUUUUGGACCAGGUUUUCUUUGGUUUCUAUUGUCCGAUAUUAGUAUGGCAUUUAUUUUCCUAUAUGUUAUACGAGCUAAUGAAGAGAGGAAAGUUAUUAUCAAGAAAUAUCCUAUUGACAUUGAAAAACAUCCUGAGAAAUUUUAA